AUGGGUGCUGGAUAUCAAAUUUUGGGUAGACAUGUUCCAUCUCACCAACUAGCUCUUGGUACUUUGGGUUUAGUUGCUUUGAUAGUGGCUCCAAAUCCAUUCGCUGCUAAGAAACCAAAAAGCGUUGAUUUCAACGCUGGUUCCAAGGAAGAGGAACAGUUCAUACAAAACUACUUGGCCAAGCAUGCUGAGGCUAAAGAAGAGCACUAA